CGGGAAGCGAGCGGAGUGCCGGGGCGCAGCGUGGGUGCGGGUGGAGGCGCGCAGCCCGCAUGGAGGCGCCCAGGAGCGCGCUGCGGGAGCGGGAGCGUGCUCCGACCACUGCAGGAAGUGACCAAGUUCACUCCUGGAUACUAGUUACCAGCCAACUUGUUAGUACUGCCUGGAGAACAGCAAGGGCCUCUGCAGUGAUGGCGUUGUCACUUCUGUCGGCUGUUCUCUGCUACUUCAGAGGACUGCAUUUAUAUUUGGGGCAUCAGCUGAAAUGGUGGGUUGGAUAUCUGCAGAGAAAAUUUAAAAGAAACCUCAGUGUGGAGGCAGAAGUAGAUUUACUCAGUUAUUGUGCAAGAGAGUGGAAAGGAGAAACACCGCGUGCCAAGCUCAUGAGGAAGGCCUACGAGGACCUCUUCUGGAGGCACCACGUUAAGUGUGUCCGGACAGUGAAGAGAGAUAACUACGAUGCUCUCAGGUCCGUGUUGUUCCAGAUCUUCAGCCAAGGUCUCUCCUUUCCACCGUGGAUGAAGGAAAAGGACAUCGUUAAGCUUCCUGAAAAACUGCUCUUUUCUCAAGGCUGUAACUGGAUCCAGCAGUACAGCUUCGGACCUGAGAAGUACACAGGUUCCAACGUGUUUGGAAAGUUACGGAAAUGUGUGGAGUUAUUGAAACUGCAGUGGUCUGAGUUUAGUGGGAUCAGAGAUUAUCACAAGAGAGGGAAUAUGUGCAACGCCCUCUUCUCCGAUGCCGUCCUGGAGUCUAAGCUGUACGAGGCUCUGAAGUUCAUCAUGCUGUACCAGGUCACGGAAGUGUACGAGCAAAUGAAGACGAACAAGCUUGUCCCCAGCCUCUUCAGACUCCUGUUCUCCAGGGAGUCGUCAGCAGACCCUUUGAGCUUCAUGAUGAAUCACCUGAAUCCCAUAGGUGACACGUGCGGAUUGGAGCAGAUUGACAUGUUUGUACUCGGGUAUUCCCUUCAAGUGAAGAUAAGAGUGUUCCGACUGUUCAAGUUUAACUCUAGAGACUUUGCAGUCUACUACCCCGAGGAGCCUCUCAGGGAGUGGCCAGAGAUCUCCCUGCUGACCGAGAAUGACCGGCAAUACCACAUUCCCGUCUUCUAAGUCUGCUGUGGACUGGACAUCGGUUCUUCUCCGUGACAGGGUCACGAUUGCAAGCAAAGGAUUUCUGAAAAGCCCAUGGUACUGCUUUGGCCAAGGAGGGCACCCCGACCUACAGGAACUCUGGGUGGAGAGACCCAGAAUG